CUAAACUCUAUGAUUUUUAACGUGAUAUCAUCCUUUUUUUUAAUUUAUUUUUAUUAUCUAUAACCAAAAUCAUAAACUUUAAUCGGCUGAAGGUCAUGCAGGUUGCAUUUCCAAAAUUAGAGGAGUUGCAAUUGUCUUGGAUUAAUGUUGACAUCAUAUGGUAUACUUCGAUAACAUCUUCUUACAUUGAGAAAUUGACGAAGUUGAUCAUUGAGAACUGUGAUAAUUUGGAAUAUCUAUUCACAUCUUCUAUGGCUAGAGAUCUGGUAAUGCUUGGACACCUUGAAAUAGGGGGAUGCAAGAAGAUGGGAAAGGUUCUUUUUACAGAGAAUGAAGCAGAAAAUGGGAAUUUGAUUUUCCCUCAAUUGAGGAUUCUAGAGAUAAAAAGCCUUCCAAAACUCGAAAGAUUUUGCCAUGGGAAUUACAUCAAAUUCCCCUGCCUUUCGCGACUUUUGAUCAAGAGCUGCCCUGUAUUAAAGACGUUCAUCUCAUCAAGCUCUAGUUUUGACACUGGUACACCUCCUCUAUUUGAUGCAAAGGCUACAUUCCCCAGUCUAGAAGAACUGAAAUUGGCAUAUAAUGAUAAUAUGAAAGAGAUAUGGCAUGGGCAGCAUAUGGGGGAUUAUUUUCCCAAACUAAAAGUUCUUGAGCUCAUCCGGUUCCCUGAGCAAUUAGUUACCCAGCCUUUUGUCUUUCAAUCUCCAAAUCUUGAAAAGCUUCUUGUGAGUAGAGCUCCCUUUCAAGAAAUAUUCAAAUGUCAAGGACUUGGUGGUGUGGAAAAACCUGCACCUGCACUUAUUCAAUUAAGUGGAUUAAGUUUGUCUGAACUUCACGAGUUAACAUGUCUCUGGAAGGAAGAAUCAAAUUUGGAAUCAGUUUUCUCUAACCUGAAAAUUCUUGAAGUGCUGCGGUGUAGAAAAUUAAAGAAUUUAGUGCCAUCCUUCAUAUCUUUCAAGAAUUUGACAACUUUGGAAGUAUCUGAUUGUCAUGAACUCAUAAAUUUAAUUGAAUACUCAACAGCCAAAAGCAUGGUGCAACUCACAAGAAUGGGUAUAAGUGAAUGUCAUAUGUUAAAAGAAAUUAUGGCUUGUGUGGAUGAUGAAGCGAAGGAUGGCAUUGUCUUUAGCCGACUCAAGUAUUUGCAACUUUGUGGUCUACCAAGAUUGGCAAGCUUUUGCUCGGGGAGCUGCAGCUUUGAAUUCGAAUCUUUGGAAGAAGUAAUUGUGAUGGGUUGCCCAAAUAUGAAGAUCUUCUCUCACGGGGAAUGCAGCACCCCUAAAAAAUUGCAAUUAGUGAAAUUGACAAAAUAUGGAGAUGAAGGGUUUUGGGAAGGCAACCUUAAUUACACCGUACAAAAGAUGUUCAUAGAAAAGCCCUUUGUUUGUUGAAUUUGUUUGGCUACAUUUCUCAACUUGGAACGGUUGACUAUCACCCACUUGAAAAACUUGGAGAUGAUAUGGCACAACAAACUAUAUGCAGAUUCCUUUUGCAGACUAAAAUCAUUAACAGUUA